CCAAUUAAGGAGGAGAAGCAGCAAAGAAUUUCUGCCACCCAGCAUAACAGAAUUAAGGCUUAUCCUCUUGGGGGAGAGCUGGUCAGAAAAGAGUCGAAUUGGAAACUCAAUUCUGGGAGUAUCUGCCUUCAACACUGAAGGGCAACCAAACUCUUCCAUGAGAGUCCAUGAAAUGAUCCAGAAGACAAACGUUGUUGUCAUCAACACCCCAGAUCUGCUUCAUCAGAAGAUUCCUCAAGACAAACUUAAAGAACAAGUGGAACAUUGUGUGAGCCUCUCUGAUCCUGGACCUCACUUGUUCUUGUUGGUUGUACAACCUGAAAGCUUCACAAAUGAGCAGAAGAAGAAGUUCUGCCAAGUCCUAGAACUGUUUAGUGAUCAAGCAUUUGGUCAUUCAGUGGUUCUAAUGUCGAAAUCUACGCCGAAGGAAACAAACUCAAACGAGCCUUUACAAGAACUGAUCAGGAGAUGCAGAUUUAACUCUCUCAUUGUUGGACAUGGUGACAUUCUGGAGACGCUGAGGUCACUUAGGAACUUUGUAGAGAUCAACAAUGAGAAGCAUUUAAUCGUCGACCAGCGGAGCAUCGGACCAAUGAGAGACGCUCAUUUGGGUUCUGCUGCUGAACGAGGUCUCAGGAUUUUACUUGUUGGAGCAACUCAGUCAAACAGGACACAACUCAGCAACUUUAUCAUCGACAAAAAAAUUGCUCGACUGCCAACAUUUUAUCAGGCCAAGCUAGAUGAGCAUGGCUGGUGGGAUGGAAAGUUAUUGACUGUAGUGAAAACUCCUGAAGUUCAGUCUCAAAAAGUGGUGAAAGAGGAGCUGAGGAGCUGCAUGGAUCUCUGUCCUCCUGGUCCAAAUGUUCUGCUGCUGGUGGUGAAACCUUCAGACUUCACAGAGAAAGACAGACAGACUCUGAAGGCCACCCUGAGUUUGUUUGGAGAAGAUGCAUUUAAACACUCAAUGAUCGUCAUAACUGAAGAAGGAAAUGAAACUAGUUUUGCUCUUAGUUCACUAAUCAGAGAAUGUGAAGGUCGAUGCUACAACCUAGUUGAGAAUAAUCACCAGAAAUUAAUGAUGAAGAUUGAAGACAUCGCCAACAAAAACAGACGUGCCUUCCUGACCAUCAAAGACGGUGAAGAAGCCAUGAAAUGUGAGCAGACCCUGCCUUGGAUAAACCUGGUUCUGUUUGGGAGGAGAGGAGCAGGCAAGACGGCAGCAGCCAAGGUCAUUCUGGGUCAGAAAGAGCUUCAGUCAGUCUCCAAGAUUUCAGAGUGUGUUAGAAACCAGGGAGAGGCGUUUGGACGUUGGGUUUCUAUUCUGGAGAUGCCUUCACUGUACGGAAAAUCUGAGCAGGAAGUAAUGGAGGAAUCCUUCAGGUGUGUCUCCCUCUGUGAUCCUGAGGGUGUCCACGCCUUCAUCCUGGUCCUACCUGUGGGUCCCCUCACUGAUGAAGACAAGGGAGAGUUACACACCAUCCAGGACACAUUCAGCUCUAGAGUCCAUGACUUCACCAUCAUCCUCUUCACCACAGACACUGAUGCUGCAGCUCCUGCUGUCACUGCAUUUAUUAAACGAGACAAAGACAUCCAGGAUCUCCUCCAGAUCUGUGGAAGAAGAUAUGUAGUCGUCAAUAACAGUGACAGGAAUCAGUUCUCUACUGUAAUAGAGUUUGUGGAAAAGAUGAGACAGAAAUCCUACACAUCAAUCGCCCUGGCAGAAGCUUACAAAGAUAAAGUCAUACAGCAGAGGAAGAGCAUCAUCAGACUACAAGCCCAGCUACCAAACCAGGCACCAAAAAUUAUCUUAAUGGGUGACUCAGAGACGGAGGAUCCUGAGUGUCUCAGGAUCGUUCUGAUCGGAAAGACUGGCUGCGGAAAAAGUUUGUCAGGAAACACCAUCCUGGGAGGAAACUACUUUGAAGCCAAACCAGCUACAAAUUCAGUCACGAAGCGUUGCCAGAAAGCCCAGAGUGAAGUGGACGGCCGUCCUGUUGCUGUGGUCGACACUCCAGGCCUCUUUGACAACAGUUUGUCUCAUGAAGAAGUGCAAGAAGAGCUGCUGAAAUGCAUGAGUCUCCUGGCUCCGGGUCCACAUGUCUUCCUGUUGGUCUUACCGAUCAGACGAUUAACACCAGAGGAGAAGGAGACGUUAAAAUUAGUAAAGGAAGGCUUUGGAAAAAGUGCAGAGAACUUCACCAUCAUCCUGUUCACACAUGGGGGUGAACUGGACCGUCAUAAUAAAUCUAUUGAAGAUUUUAUUAAGGAUAAUUCAGAUGAGUCCUUUAAGAAGCUCAUUGAGGACUGUGGAAAAAGACACCAUGUGUUGGAAAACUACCAUGACCAGAACCACACACAAGUCACAGAGCUGCUCAAAAAGAUUGAUCAGCUGGUAGAGGAGAACGGAGGCAGGUGCUUCACCAACGACCUGCUGCAGGAGGCUGAAGCAGCAAUACGGAGAAAAAUGGAAAAAAUCCUGAAAGAAAAGGAGGAAGAGAUGCUGCAAAAGAUUGACGGACUACUAAGAAAACAUCAGAAAGAAAAAGACGACAUGGAAAGGGAGAUGAUGGAGGUAAAAGCAAAAACUGAACUACAAAUUAAGCAGAAAGACAUAAAAAUCAAGCACAUAGAGAGAUGUCUCCAGGAGGCGGAGAAGGACAAGAUGAAGGAGGAAGCCAGGAGAAAAGAAGAAAAAAUAAAACUGAAACGUGAGAAAGAGGCAUGGGAAGAAAAACUGAAAACAUCUAAAAGUGAAACCGGCCUCCAGAAUCAUCAAUCCAUCCUAAAGAAACAUGAAGCCUGGGAACAAGAAGUGAAAAUGUUAAAGGAGAAAAACAAACAAGAAGAUAAACGGAGACAAAAGGAGGAGAAAAGACUGAAAGAGGAGUACGAGCGACUGAAACAAGAAUAUGAAAAACAGAAACAAGAAUAUGACAUGAGAACAGAAAAGGAGGCAAAAUACCGAGAAGAACAAGACGAGAAACAUCAGAAGGAGGUGGAGAAACUAAGAGAGACUCACAAGGAAGAAGCCAGAAAACAAGCUGAAGAGUUUAAUGAGUUCAAAGAGAAAUACAGCCAAGAAUUUGCAGCUCAGAAAAAAGUGCAUGAAAAUCAACUGAAAGACAAAGAUGAUAAAUAUGACAUGCUGAAGGCGCUGAAAGAGCUCAACGAAAAGGAAGCCAGAGCAAAGCACCACAAGCAAAUCUUUGACUUGGUGAAAUGUGUCACCAGAAAGAAAGAACAUCUGAAAAAAAUCAAGGAAUUGUUGACAAGACAUGAAGACCAGAUGAAGCGAGGAAAAACUGAGCAGGAGACUGAACACCUUCAGAAAGUUCAUGAACGAGAAAUAGAUGAACUGGUUCAGCAGCUUCUGGAUCAAGAAGGUCCAAAAUCAGUCUGCGUCCUUUCAUGAGACACAUCAGAAACUGAGCGGUAAUCCAGCAACAAUCCCAAACACGGACAGAACUACUGUUUCCGUUAUCACAACAUUUGGCUUCUUGGAACUUGGUUCUGCAGAAGAACCAAGUUCAAGUCAUUGUGUGUAAGUUCCUGAAGUUCUGCUCUGUGUUUUCUGCUGUGACAGGAAGUCCAGAGCUGCAUCAUGAAUCAUGAACAAUUAACUUUGUUAACUUUGAGUCCUGUGUGCUCUGGUGAAUUGGCCGCCUAAGUUUAAUAAAGAUUUUAUUCAGGAGUUUAUGGACUUUGUGAAGUGGCCUAUCGCUGAGACAGGAUCUCUUUCUCAUUGCUGGGAACUUCAAUGUACACGUCUUCUGUAAAUCCAGACCUGAAGGAUGAAGAGUUUUUAAACUUCAUUGACUCUUUUCACCAGACUUGGUGUUUGGCAUGACACAUGAAAACGGACACAUGCUGGACCUGGCGCCGUCUUUUAGCCUCAAUGUAAACAUGACUGAGUUCUGUGAAACACAUUUUUCUGAACAUUUUGCUUUACUGUUCUCUGUUAAACUGUCUCAGAGUUUGAUCAACUUAUAAAAAAUCCCCAAACAGCGACCUUAUUCUCUAGCAUUUUUAGCCAAAUACAUCAUUCUGAUUCACAAAACCUUAAUCCAGGUAAACUAA